AUGUCUGCUGCUAUUGAGAAGCAGGAGCUCAGCGCGCUCGAGCGCGCGUCGUCCACCGACGCCGGGCUCAAGCGCACCGUCAGCACCGCGAAGGGUGCCGGUCUCGGCGCCGACCUCGUCGGCGACGAGCGUAUCGAGCUGACUGAGGAGGAUGACCGCCGCAUCCUCCGCAAGACCGACAAGAUCAUCCUCAGCGUCCUCUGCUGGGUCUACUUCCUGCAGAUCCUCGACAAGUCGGUCCUCGGCCUCGGCAACGUGUGGGGCCUGUCCGCCGACACUGGCCUCUCAAGCAAGCAGUACUCGCAGAUGGCCAUGAUGAACGCCAUCGCGCAGCUCGGGUGGCAGCCGUUCAGCUCCUACAUCAUCGUCAAGGUGCCCGCUCGCUACCUCCUCACCUUCCUCUGUUUCGCCUGGGGCGCCUCGCAGGCGUGCAUGGCCGCCGCGCACAACUUUGGUGGGCUCGUCGCUACGCGUUUCCUGCUCGGCCUGUUCGAGGCAGGCUGUCUGCCGCUGUUCGGCGUCCUCACCGCCCAGUGGUACCGCCGAUCCGAGCAGCCGAUCCGUGUGGCGGCUUGGUACUCGACCAACGGUCUCGCCACAAUUUUCGCCGCGUUCGUCUCGUGGGCCCUCGGACACGUCAAGAACGACAACAUCCACGCAUGGCAGCUCCUGUUCAUCAUCGUCGGCGCGAUCACGGUGCUGACCGCCCCGUGGAUCUGGUGGAUGAUCGACUCGGACAUCCCCUCCGCCCGCUUCCUCACCGAGACUGAGAAGGCCCAGGCCAUCGAGCGCCUCCGCGCCAACCAGACCGGCACGGGAUCCAACGAAUUCAAGUGGAGCCACGUCUGGGAGCUCUUCUACGACGUCAAGUCGUGGCUGUGGCUCGCCAUGGCUCUCCUCCUCAACAUCGGCGCCUCCGUCACCAACGUCUUCGGUCCAACCCUCAUCGCCGGCUUCGGCUUCGACAAGUACAAGACGACUCUUUUGAACAUGCCCUUUGGCUUCUUGCAGUUCGCUGUGAUCCUUCUCUCGUCGUGGAUGGCCCAGGCGUUCCGGAUCAAAGGCGCGGUGCUCGCGGGCUUCAUGGCGCCGGUCCUCAUCGGCUGUGGCCUCCUCUACUGGCAGAGCACUGGCGCCCACAAACAGUCGAUCUCGCUGGUCGGCUACUACCUUCUGUCUGCUCUGUUCGGCGGCAACCCGCUCAUUGUCUCGUGGAUGAUGGCAAACACGGCCGGACAGACGAAGAAGACGAGCGUGAUCAGCCUCUACAACGCCGGCUCUGCCGCCGGAAACAUCAUCGGCCCGCUCCUCUUCUCCUCGGGCAAGCCGUACUACGUCUCGGGCCUCAAGGCCGUGCUUGGCAUCUUCUGCGCCAUGCUCGUGUGCAUCGGCCUCCAGGUCGCCGCCCUGUUCUUCUACAACAAGGUGCGCCAGAACCAGCGUGUGGCGGCCGGCAAGCCAAAGUACAUCAAGGACACGUCGAUGGAGAGCAAGUACGUUGCCUUCGGCCAGGAGGACGAGCAGCACGAGGGCGACGGCCCCCGUCUCGGCCAGAACGCCCUUCUCGACAUGACCGACUUCAAGAACGACGAGUUUGUGUACCUGUACUAA